GACUCAACAGGAGCACCAGCUCUUUCGCCUGGCUGAAAACUGCUUGUGGGAGCAGUUCACCACCGAGGGCCGGCGCACCAACAGCGGCAUCUGCCGCUACAUCGCUGACCUGCGAGAGGCCACCGAAGGCCUCCUUUGGAACGACCUCUUUGUCCACCUGAAAGGCAAGCUGGCCGGCCCGCAUCGAGAAGACUUCGUGCGCCGGGCCGCAGACAUCCUCCACCUGCGUUCACCGCCUUCCUCGUCCUCAUCUUCGAGCUCCACCGCUACCUCGGACACCGUGAACCUCGACGUUGUGGAGUACCCCGUCUGGGAUGAAUUGCCGGGCGGCACCAGGCGUGAUUGGGCGCUUUUCUUUGGCCAGGACAUCGCCGCACGCGAGGUCCUCAAUCCACCAAUGCAGAUCCUCGCCGAGUUCCAGGAGGACAUCCCCAUGGGCAUGCAGCGAGAGUUUCCUCUCGGCCAACGCCGGGUGUGCCCCGACGUGUGCGGACGACAGACCUGCCGCAGACCUCACUGUGAGUGCAUCCACCCCGAUUUCGUAGACCACGCCUGGGUCCCCCUUAAUUGUCCUUGUCGUAACUUCUUUCGGGGUCAUUGCACCAAAGAAGGCGGUUGCCCCAAUUUGCACGCCGACACGUUCCCCGAGGCGGUCUAUGCGGCAUUCCGCCAGCUCACCCUGAAGAGACCAUCUACACGGUUGCACUACGUCCAACACCGGGGGAUCUUCAGGUUCAUCACCAGGUCCGAAGCCAUGGACAUGAUCAUGACGUCGUUAACCACCAGCGACACCAUGGCGAUCAAACAAUUCAUCAUGGGGAUGAGUUGGACCAAGUUCCCCACGGGGUGGCUACGGGCGGCACAGCAACCGAACACGCUCCCCGACACCGACGACAUCGAGAUUCCCAUCACCGAGGCGGAGCCGUUCACCGUCAGCUACACCAACGUUGUCUCGGCCACUACAGACGGCUACAUCGUCGGGAUCCACCUCGGCUUCGGCACCAUCGUUUUGCGAACCACAGGAGCAACAGCCGAGCGCAGCGCCAGUGCAACCGCCACCAGUGAAGGCCAUGCCCAAGGAUCCACCGGCACACCUGGCCGCUCCGAAGCGCACACCCGCUCGACAGCGCGCAGAGUCACCCACGGCCAGAUUUAUGCCACAGGCAACAGAGGACAUCGCAGCUCCGGAGGUUGCAUCCCCGCCACCGCGCAAUCGCAAGGCUCCGCCUCCCCUUCGGACGAAGACACGCCACCAGUCGAGGGAGCACGGCACUGUGGAUGGGUGCUGGUUGUUGUGACGGCGUUGGGUGGAGUGGCGGCAAGGCUGGAACGACUUCUCGCAACAACGGCCCCGCAACAGCCCAGUACAGAGUACAGUGUCUGGGACGACACCUGGCCAACUCAACAAUACCAACACCACAGACGUUUCCACCGGCAUGGGCUGCCAGCCAGGGCGGCCAUUGUGCGCAACAUGCUCACACCAGUGCCAGCCAUCGCACCGGACAACGUCGCACAGUUUCCCCCUAGCAACUACCCGUACAUGGCGUUCGCCCCGUGGUUCGUGAACACCUCGAUGCUACAGGCAGUUGAGUUCGCGCUGGUUGGCUUCAACAACCCGGAGUCCUGCUACCUCAUCCUCCGAGACUACAUGGCCCUGGCCGUCCAUGUUCGCAGGUUCACCCAGGACAGACCGUCCGUCGAGCGCUACAUCAUGGCCUUCACCGACGCAGUGCUGGAUUGCGUUUGCUUCAUGCUGCCUAUGGCGUGGAGAUCCCGGUUCACCGAUGACUGGGCACAAGUGGUCACCGUCAGCGGUCAACCCACCUCGACUUCAUUGGCGCCGUGGCAUGUGAGCGCCCAUAGCUGA